AUGGCAUCCUCCUUCUCCAGCCUUCGUCAGCAAAUUGACAACUUUCAGGCUCUACUGACAGCAGCGGCAUCUUCCAACAACGUCAGAAAUUACGAUAUUCGACACUGCCUUCGACAAAUUCAGGCAUGCUUGCUUUCUGAACAAGGAGAUAUCCUAUAUGACCAAAGUGACAAUGACGAAGUGACCCAAGUUUUGAUGACACUCUUGAUUCUCAAUGACGAGUACGCAGAUCCCAUGAUUUUGGAGAUGGUGAACAUCAUAACUCAACGGGCCGCAGAAUUGAUCGCUUACUACGGUCGUGAGCUGUCGACGCAACAGAUUCAAGAGCUCUUGCCGCGAGUCCUCUGCCUGUUACAAACUUCCAACACGGAUGAAGUAGUCCAUUCCCUCCUGCAAUUGUUGAACCAGCACCUAUCACCACCACGCUUGCAAGAAAUCUUUGACGGCAGUGAUCUAGAUUGUUGGAUCACUCUUCAGACCGUCCUCAGUCAUCAGCAGAAACAUCGUUCGGAACCAACGUCCUUUCUAUCGCUUUCCAUUUUUAUAGUGACCCUACUGAAUCACUUGGCAUCCAAUGUUCUUCCACCACAAAAGAUAACCUUACCAGACUGGAUUCAAUCGCAAGUAGUGUUGCAGCACGAAAAUGCAUCGCCUAUGGAGGCAAAACAAGUUGUGGGAGAAUACCUGGAACUUUUGGAACAGUUCGGUGUUUUCUUGUUCGAAUCGUCCUUGCAUUUGCUAGAACAAAGUGCUCACGGAGAUUUCGGUUCUGACGAAAAUAAUAGCAAUCAGAUGGAUAUCAAUACUGUCAUGAUGACGCUUCAAUACUCGACCGUGGCCACGGACUGUGUACAAUUGUGCAUGCCACGAGACGACGGAAAUCCGCCCUUGUUGGCAAUGUCCUUUGGUGGCAUCUUGACCUCUCUAUGGCAGGCUCUCACGUGCUUUGUGGUACAGAAGCUGGAGAGCGUGGUAAUUCCCACUAGCGACAAUGCCCAGCAAGAUCCGGUUCGCCUUCAGAUGCAACUUGCAGCUACCGAAGCGCUGUGGCAACUAACGUACAUGGCGACUAGCAACGACAUUGUUGCUUUGGAGGAGAGUUCCAGUUCCAUGGUGGUGGUGACUAUUCUGCGAAUGCUUCAAUAUCCUGAGACAUUUUGGACUCUCCAAACCAAAGAGUGGUUGAGCGGACAAGUCUCCAGCACUCCCUACAAGGUCUCUCUUCGUCGCGCGUUGCAAGCUACCACACUUUCUCAGGUGUACCAUCGGUCUGGUUCCAAUGCCCAAGAUCAUAUUGCAUCGCUCCUUCACGAAGUUCUCAAUUGUGGAAACGAAAAGAUUCAGAACGACGAUCCUUGGCAGCCCUUGGUAGAAGAAUUGCUUUCCGAACACUUGGCAUUGGUGCAAGGUACUUCAACUCAUCAGAAUCAAGUCUAG